GCGACUGAAUGCAGAAUUAGAAGUAAAAAGAGAAAAACUAGUGCGCCAGGCUGAAGAAGUAAUGAAAGGCCGACAAGAGAUACUAUCUAGACCAGUUUCAGUACAGACUAAGUCACAUGAAGACGACAGACAGAGAGAUCCACUCUAUCCUGAAGUUUCAUCUCUUACACACUCACAUGCCAAGCUAGCAAACAAGAAGAAAUGUGCUUCCGCGCCCGUGGCUCAGAACAGACCAUACUCUGGAAAUAAGGGAAAAAGAACAGCUUCAAGUUCAAAAAUAAGAAACCUGGAAGUACGAAGUGCUGAUCAUGUUGCAGUACUGGAGGACUGUGUAGAUUUUUCUUUAGCAAAAACAAUAAGCAAAAUUGAAGAAAAACUAGAGAGAGGAGGCUUACCAGAUUGUCUAGAUGAUGAUAUUAUUCCAAGCCCUGGAAAUGAAAUUGGAGCAGAAGCUCAAAUCAGAUUUCUUAAGGCAAAGUUACGUGUUGUGCAGGAACAGCUGGAUAGUGUAGUGUGUGAAUGCAAGAAAAAGCAUGAUGAAAAUCAGAAUCUAAAAUCUCGGCUUAAAGAUGCAGAAGAAGAAAACACCAGACUGCAACGAACAAUCAGUAUGCAACAUUCUCAGACUGAAAAGUACAAAAUAUUGUCACAAGAAGCAAACAAAAAAAGUGAAGGGUUACAACAAGAGGUCAUUGCACUAGAAAAGGAAUUGGAGAAUCUAAAGCGUGUGCAAAAGCAGGCUGCAACCAGUCAGAAUGCAACAGAGGUUCGCUUAAACAGGGCCCUGGAAGAGGCGGAAAGGUAUAAACUGGAGCUGAAUAAACUGAAGCAAAGUAACAAGGAUGUAGCUAACCAAGAACUCAAAACAAUUGAAGAUUUAAAAACAGAAAACAAGAAACUGCUGAAACAAAAAGGAGAGCUAAUGACAGGUUUUAAAAAGCAGUUAAAGUUAAUUGAUAUUUUAAAGAGACAAAAGAUGCACAUGGAAGCUGCUAAGAUGCUUUCUUUUACUGAAGAGGAAUUCAUGAAAGCUCUCGAAUGGGGAAAUUAUUGA